AUGAGCGAAGUAUAUUUAGGAAAUGCUAACGGAUAUGUUGAAUGUAGCAUAUUAUCAAAUAAAGGGCUUAUUAAAAUUGAAAAGCUAGACGAAAAAAGAAUAGCGUUGUAUUGGUAUAGCUCUCCAAAUAUUACAACAGGAGAAGUGUUAAUCAAAAAUGCAAAACUUUUUGCAUCCCGUGUUCUUGGUUUCUCUCGGUCUCAAAUUCCAAUUUAUGAAGAACAUUCUUACUAUUUGGAUGAAAUAAAAACACCACAGGCUCUUCCCGAAGUAGAUCCCUUUGAAUGA